UUUCUGUGAUAAGGAACGAACACGAAUCCUCCAAUAUGGACAAAACGAAAUCUUUUCUCAGUGAAAAAUAUCAAAACUUAUGCAAUCUGAUGGAACGCGAAACGCUGGGUACAGAAGUUCUAAUCUACGGCACCUCGGGACUAAUGUUGCUGGCAGCCUAUGCUAAACGUAAACCGGCAUAUCUGGUGCGUCCCUUCAAAAAACCAUCUCACAUACCAGAUCGUUUGAUAAAUGAACGCGUUAUGCACACCGGACGCAUUGCAGAUAUUCAACAGAAAGGUACAGAUACUCUACUGUAUAUCAGUCACCGUCCGCUGAUACCAUUCUUUAUGAGUAACAAGCGUUUACUACCAAUUAAAUUGCCUGGUGUGAAGGUAAAUGGUAAUGGCUUUGCAUGGUUGCAGCAGUGUCUUGUUGGAAAAGAGGCCACAUUUAUUCCACUAAACAAGAAAGCCUCAGACGAGUAUGUGGUCUCACAAUUGUGUUUGGUGCAUCCACCCAAGGGCAAUCGUUUACUUGACAUUUCGGAGACACUGUUGAAGCUGCGUUUUGCUCGCUAUGACCAAGAUGCUAAUGGGAGCAUAAAGAAAAACGCCAAGUACUAUCAGCACUUGUCAAAAGUUGAAGCCACUACACAUAGCCGUGAGGCUUUACUGCUCAAGGUGGCCAGCAAUCCAUGGAUUUGGAAAAAAUUCUAUGAACUGAAGUCGUCAUUGUUACCCAAGGAAAAGCUACUACCCGAAUUGGUUCGUCAAUGA